AUGAAUGACUUUCAAUCUUUGGAAAAAACUAUAGUUCGCGAACUAUCGUGUCGUAUGUGCUUAUGUACCGAUGUGGUCAAACUCAAGCCACUUAGUACUGAAGUGAAACGUAAAAUCAAGAGGCUCUUCGAUGUUGUUAUCCGAACAGAUGAUAACCUACCAAAAGCAAUAUGUCACGAUUGUUUACAACAAAUAUCGGCCUUAUACUUGUAUACUGUCAAAGUAGAAAAAACACAAAAAUUUUUGGAAUUUCAUAAAAUAAAAAUGGAUGAAAAACGUGAAGUCCAGGCACCUAGUGAAAAAUUGCAUCCAGUUGUAGGCGCACUAUCCACUCAAAACAUACUCGAGGAACCAAAGAAACCUGCUGCCUCUAAAGUUAAGUCAUUUUCAAUACCCACAGAACAACACCAACAGGGUGAUUCUAAGUCACAAAAACUUACUACACCAAAGAAAAAGAACGCGUCCGACUUAAAAUACAUGGAAUCUAUGACUUUAGAAGAAUUUGCUCACUCCGAAAAAGUAGAUAAACAGUUACUCAGUACUUCAAAUGUUUGUAAAAUAGUUUCAAACUCUAAAGUCAAAGUACCUAAAGCUGAAGAGCCUAAAUCCGAAGUGGACUACUCCAACGACAGUUUGGAUCCCUUAGUGCUAAUUGAUGGCAGGCCUGCCAAACAAGGCGCAGCUUUGGAUAGACAGAUAACUCUUUUCUACAAAAUGGAAUGCUGCAUUUGCCACGAGACUGGUUUUCAUUUCCGAUCUUUGAUGAAACACUACAAAAAUAGACACGGUGUGCCUGGUUACGUGACGUGUUGUAACAAGAAGUUUCAUUAUUUCUAUCCUAAGAAAAUUAUUGAACACAUGGCGUUCCACCUACAGCAGAACAUAUUUAUGUGCCCGAGUUGCCACCAAAACUUCCAAACGUCGCAAGAGCUGUAUGAACAUCGCAGCAAUGGGGGCCGGUCCGAAGGGAAAAUAAUAUGCCCCAGAUGUGCCGAGCGCUUUCCAACUUAUAGGGAACUAGGCGUCCAUAUCGUCACACACCGUGUAGAGAAAUUACAAUGUGACUACUGUGGAAAACUGUUAAAACACCAUCAUCGCAAAAAGACCAUCAACCACAUGGAAGACUUGAUACUUUGUACGAUAUGCAUUAGAGCUUUAAAAGGAAUAGAAAAACAAGAAAAAGAAAUUAAAGAGAAAGUUAAAGGCCACAGCAACGAGUCAUUUGCGACGCAUCAAAAAUAUCAGAAAUUCAAACAAGCAAUGGGACUUUCGGGCGAUGACGACGUUUCGACAGAAUAA